UGUUGAUCGUUAGUCAUAGUUUCGGCGCUUUCCCUGUGAGCGAGCACGAGCGCAUUUUCCGGCAAUGAGUGUGAAACUGCGCACGCGCACCCCGUCGCCCAAGACGGUCACGUUCGAUCCAUCGCCGCCCACCACGCUGGAGCGGAAGCGCCGAUUGGUCCAGUUCCGGAACCUGGUCGAAUGGGAACAGUACCUCAGGUACUUAUGGCAAGACGCAGCCGGUGGCGGGUGGGCGCUUGGUCGGGGCGACCGGCGCCCGCCCCAACAACAGCAGCCUGGUGGAGCUGGAUAAUCUGCUGGAGGACCUCAGCACCAGCCGCUACGCCAAUGUGCCGGAGAAUGGCGUCAAUGGGGCGCAUUCCAGGCCGGGCAGCGCCCAGAACAGCCUCGAUCGGCCGUCCAGCGCCCAGGGCGCCUACAAUCGCCCGUCGGUCGACGACUUGCUGCAGGAGCUCGAUCAGGGUGAUGUGAUCUACGCAGGCCCGAAAAAGGUGGUGAUCACCGUCAAGGAGACUAAGACGGAGACCGGAUUUCCGGGCGAGACGGAACUGGUGUCGGCGCACACCACGCGGGCGGCCUCCUCGGCCACCCGCGAGCUGGACGAUCUGAUGGCCAGCCUGUCAAACAUCAAGGUGAAUCAGCGCCCGCAGCAGCCCGUCCAGGAGGAGAACGCGCGCCCAACCAAAGCCACCCAGUCGCAAGGGGCGCCCAUUUCGCCGCCAGCCAAUCUGGAUUCCAUGCUGGAUAACCUGCAGGCCGACAUGAGCCGACAGGGAGUGAACACCAGCCAGAAGGGGUGUUGCAGCGCCUGCGAGAAGCCGAUCGUUGGGCAGGUGAUCACGGCGCUGGGCAAGACGUGGCAUCCCGAGCACUUCACGUGCGCCCACUGCACCCAGGAGCUGGGCACCAGGAACUUCUUUGAGCGCGAGGGGAAGCCGUACUGCGAGCCGGACUACCACAACCUGUUCAGUCCGCGCUGCGCCUACUGCAACGGCCCCAUUCUGGAUAAAUGCGUCACCGCGCUGGAGAAGACCUGGCACAUGGAUCACUUCUUCUGCGCCCAAUGCGGCAAGCAGUUCGGCGAGGACGGGUUCCAUGAGCGCGAGGGCAAACCGUACUGUCGCGACGACUACUUCGACAUGUUUGCGCCCAAGUGCGGCGCCUGCAAUCGCGCCAUCAUGGAAAACUACAUCUCCGCCCUCAACACCCAGUGGCACCCCGAUUGCUUCGUCUGCAGGGAUUGUCGGCAACCGUUCAUCGGCGGUUCGUUUUUCGACCACGAGGGGCAGCCCUACUGCGAGACGCACUAUCAUCUGAAGCGCGGCUCGUUGUGCGCCGGCUGUCACAAGCCGAUUUCCGGUCGUUGCGUCACCGCCAUGUUUCGCAAAUUCCAUCCCGAGCACUUUGUGUGCGCCUUUUGCCUCAAGCAGCUGAACAAGGGCACGUUCAAGGAGCAAAGUGACAAGCCGUACUGUCACAUGUGCUUCGAGAAGCUGUUCGGCUAGAUGGCGCCACCUCCCCGCUUGGAUACAUGUGAUAACCCGCCAUACUACUUCUACUACUAUUAAGUGCUGAUGGGAACUGAUCGCGCAGAAACUCCCCCAGAGGGUGCAUGUGCAAGGGAGAGCGACAUGGGAUUUGCGGGAGUGGAAAGGAGAUGCAGCACAGGGCAGCAACCGCGCGGUUGUUCCCGUCACUGGCUUGGGGCAUUAAAGCAAUAUUAAUCCGGUCCUCAGAAGGUUUAUUUGGACGCAGUUGCUGCCGCAUUUAAUCUAGUUUUUUUUUGACUAAUUUUAGUGUUUUUAUACAAGUGUGUGAUUAAACCUAGCUUAAACCCCAAAGGGGCGGCGCAGUUAACUCGGGAUGUCAACAUUAAAAAUACCUGGCUUCGAA